CGCGGAGCAAUUACUUUUCAUUUGCGCAGGAACACAGUCAAAGGUGGGGAGGGGGGGACAUCAGCGAAGACCAGGGAAGAACCGAAGAGGACGAGUGAGUCUCUACUCGAGGUGCGCACGCAGCAGCGCUCCAGUAGCAAAGACGCAGGAACAUGGAGCGCAAAAUCCCGGAUUUCUCCGGCACUUGGGAGAUGAAGAGUUCGGAGAACUUUGAGGAGCUCUUAAAGGUGUUGGGCGUCAACGUGAUGCUGCGUAAAAUUGCGGUGAAGGCGGCGUCCAAGCCCCUCGUGGAGAUCACGCAGGACGGUGAGACGCUGUCCAUUAGGACCUCCACCACUGUGCGGACCACCCACAUCACGUUCACCGUGGGACAGGAGUUCAACGAGAGCACCGUGGACGGCCGUCCCUGCACGAGUUCUCCACGCUGGGAGACGGACAGCAAGAUCAGCUGCGAGCAGACCCUGCACAAAGGGGAGGGGCCGAAAACCUCCUGGACCCGAGAGAUAACCACCGAUGGCAAGCUGAUCCUGACCAUGGGAGCGGACGAUGUGGUGUGCACCAGAGUCUACGAGCGCCAGUGAACAAGAGCACUUCUCACUUUUGGUCCUUUCACGUCUCACGCAUCACCACACAAAACGAAGGCGGGAGACGGCAUCCUGUAUUUUUUAUUUUUAUUUUUUACUGAUUCCAAAACAGUGGUGCUUUCAGAUAAUUCGUUCGAGAACUCCUGCAAUCAUCGUUGCCAAUUGAAAUGCACGAAAACUCCACAAAACCGUUCCUGUCAUCACCCCCCCCCCAAAAAAAUGUGGUGUCUUUUUGUGUAUUCGUUUUUCUAGCACUCUGUAUUUUACUUGAGACAUGUUUUAAACAGUUUGCGCAUCAUGAUUUUAUACUGCAAACCAAUUCGGGGUGCUGCUCCUUCUGGUGUGCCCUCCUCGGCCACCGGGAGGCAGUACUGCACAAUCCAGUCAGUCUGACAAACAAAGAAGAAGAAAAAAAAAAGACUUCUUCUGCUGUACUUCUACUCAGUAAGUUGCUGUAAUAUGUUAGAUGGUUAGAUGGAACAGUUUUGUGUCCUUGAGGCGCAAACAAAUAAACUUCACGAAUUGCAAAACAGUGGUAAGAAGCAAUCUGUGGCAGCCAGACCUGUUGUUCUCUCUCUCUCUCUCUCUCUCUCGGGCAAGCUUCACACACCUCACGAGAAUUGCCGAGUCAUUUGGGGCUUUUGAUUCAUCCAACCUGUGUCGAUACGAAAGACUGUCGUGAAAGCGAUGUAUCGCGACCUAAUACGGUUUGUCCACCGAGUCUCUCUCUCACAAGCUAUUCAAACGAUGAAUGCAGGCAAACGAUUGCAAGUCCUUUUUCAUGGGGGAUAAAGAAUAUAUGCCUGUGAGUAUUGGUAUCUGUCAUGAUGGGUUGUUGCACCGUUUGCGUUCAAACAUCAGUUGCGUAAAGGGUUGAAAAAUCACCACUACCGAUGCUAACGUUAGCGCGUCAAAGGCUUCAACUAGCGGGCCGUUCUUCAGGUUCUUAAUGGAAUUGUCUCGUUUGAAAUCCACAGCCCUCUUUGUUUGAUGUAAACGUUGACAGUUAACUUCUUAAAAGUCGGGUCGUUUGUAUCUCAAGGCAGCACUGUGGCGGCAUUGUGUAAUUCAAAUCGUAAAUGCAUCCUCUUUCGUGUCUUAGCCUUGCACUCUUUGACCAUUUUUCUGGGCUCUCAUGAAAGCGUUACCGAUUUGAAAUAUGUAAAAUGUUUGUGAGACCAAUGCGCGGCUGUUUCCAAUUGUAUUCACCGACUUAUCUUCUUUACUGUUUGCUUCUUUGGCCCUCGAUCACAUUUUCUCUUCCAUUUGCUAUUUAUUACCACAUGACGGCCCUGCCAAGGUUCUUACUUUGCGUUUAACUGAUAUGAUAUGUGAUGCUACGAAGCAACAUUUUCUAUGAGAAAACAAUAAAGCAGCAACAUUGACUUAA